GACCCAGCUGUGUGUCUAUUAGGAGUGACCAUUCAAAGGGUGGUCAGAUCGACUUUAAAGCUUUUUCUGGAAAAAGAGUCCACCAUGAUAUGUCAGAUGAUUCUUGUAGUGAGCCCAUUCAGAAACAUCAACCAGACUUGGAUUCCAUAUUCAUGCAACUUGAAGAAAACAUCAUGACUUUUGUGAGAAAUGAGCUGAGAGUGUUUCGAAAGGCUGUCAGUAUAGAUCGCAGUGAAGAUUUAGUAGGACAGAAGAAGAAUGAGGAGGAAGAGAAGGAUAAGGAAGAGGAGGAGACAAGGAGGAGCAGCAGAGAGGCCUUUCUGAAGAUCACUGUGAACUUCCUGAAGAGAAUGAAGCAGGAGGAGCUGGCUGAAGCACUACACAGCGAAGCUAUUGUUCCCAUGUGCCAGAGGAAGCUCAAAACUCACCUGAAAGAGAAGUUUCACUGUCUGUUUGAGGGUAUUGCAAAAGCCGGAAACACCACAGAGUUGAAUGACGUCUAUACAGAGCUCUACAUAACAGAAGGAGGUAAAGGAGAGGUCAAUGACGAACAUGAGAUCAGACAGGUUGAAACAAUGUUCAGAAAAUCAUCCACACCUGAGACUAUCAUCAAAUGUGAAGACAUAUUCCAAACAUCACCAGGCAAACAACAUCAACCAGUCAGAACAAUACUUACAAAGGGUGUGGCUGGCAUCGGGAAAACAGUCCUAACACAUAAAUUCACCUUGGACUGGGCUGAAGACAAAACCAACCACAAUAUACACUUCACUUUUCCAUUCAGCUUCAGAGAGCUCAAUUUGCUGAGUGAAAAAGAGUACAGUUUAGUUGAACUUCUUCAUCUCCACUUUGCUGAGACCAAAGAGGCAGAACUUGUCAGCUUUGAUAAGUUUGAGGUUGUGCUCAUCUUUGACGGUCUGGAUGAGUGUCGACUACCUCUGGACUUUGACAACAAUGAAAGCCUGUCUGAUGAGACAAAGCCGACCUCAGUGGAUGUGCUGCUGACCAACCUCAUUAAGGGGAAUCUGCUUCCAUCUGCUAAGCUCUGGAUAACCACACGUCCUGCAGCAGCUAACCAGAUCCCUCCUGAAUGCAUCAACGUAGUGACUGAAGUGAGAGGGUUCACUGACGACCAAAAGAACCAAUACUUCAAGAAGAGAUUUGAAGCGGAAGAGGUGGAUGGCACAAUUAUGUCCCAUAUCAAGACGUCACGAAGCCUCCACAUUAUGUGUCACAUCCCAGUCUUCUGCUGGAUCACUGCUACAGUUCUGGAGGAUAUGGUGACAGCAAAUGAUAAAGGCAUGUUACCCAAAACUCUGACAGAGAUGUAUAUCCACUUCCUUGUAGUGCAAUCCAUACAAGGGAGGGUCAAGUAUCUUGGAGGAGCUAAGACAGAUUCUCCCUGGAAUGAAAACAUCUGUAAGAUGAUUAUGUCUCUGGGUAAAUUGGCGUAUGAGCAGCUGCAAAAAGGCAACCCGAUCUUUUAUGAGUCAGAUAUGAUUGCAUGUGGCAUUGAUAUCAGAUCAGCCUCAGUAUAUUCAGGAGUGUUGACGCAGAUCUUCAAAGAGGAACGUGGGUUGUAUCAGAACAAGGUGUUCUGCUUUGUCCACCUGAGCUUCCUGGAGUUUCUGGCUGCACUGUAUGUCUUUGUGACAUUCUUCAAUACUGGAGUCAACCUCCUGUCAGAACCCCAGUCCAGAUCCAGUUGGUGGAUAAAACUAAUUACACUCAGUUCUACUGAAUCAUUGGUAUUCCAGACUGCUGUGGACAAGGCCUUGCAGAGUCCCAAUGGCCACCUGGACCUCUUCCUCCGCUUCCUUCUGGGCUUUUCACUGAAGACCAAUCAAACUCUUCUGGGAGGCCUGUUAGAAGAGACAAGUCGUGUCUUAUUCACUCAUCAGCAGAUAGUGCAGUAUAUCAAGGAAAGGAUCAGGGAGAAUCCUUCUCCAGAGCGGUGCAUCAAUCUGUUCCACUGUCUGAAUGAACUGAAUGACCAUUCUCUGGUAGAGGAGAUCCAAAAGUACCUGAGUUCAGGAAGUCUCUCAACAGACAAUCUGAGCCCUGCUCAGUGGUCAGCCCUGGUCUUCAUCUUAUUAACAUCAGAAAAACACCUGGAUGUGUUUGACUUGAAGAAGUUCUCAUCUUCAGAGGAAGGUCUCAUGAGGCUGCUGCCAGUGAUCCGCCUCUCCACAAUAUCCAAGUUGAGUGGCUGUAACUUGUCAAAUAGAAGUUGUGAAGCUCUGGCAUCACUCCUCAGCUCCCAGACUUCCAGCCUCAGAGAACUUGACUUGAGUAACAAUGAUCUGAGGGAUUCUGGAGUAAAACUACUCUCUGCUGGACUGAGUAGACCACACUGUAAACUGAAAACUCUAAGGUUGUCAGGAUGUCUGGUGACAGAGGAAGGCUGUGCAGCUCUUGUGUCUGCACUGACCUCCAAUCCUUUCCAUCUAAAAGAGUUGGACCUCAGCUACAAUCAUGUGGGAGAACUGGGCCAGAGGCUUCUAGGUGACGCCCUGGAAGACCCACGGUUGAAACUGGCCUCCCUCAGUGUGGACCAUGGUGGAGUGAAGAGGUUAAAGCCAGGUCCCAAGAAGUAUGCAUGUGAUCUGACACUGGACCCAAACACAGUGAACCAAAGCCUAGCUCUGUCUGACGACAACAGAACAGUGACAGAGACAAAAGAGAAGCUGCCUUAUCCCAAUCACCCAGAGAGGUUUAACCACUGGAAACAAGUCCUGUGCAAAGAAGGUCUGACUGGACGCUGUUACUGGGAGGUGGAGUGUAAAGGAUGGGUGAACAUAGGGGUGGCGUACAAGGGCAUCAAAAGGAAAGGGCAGGAUGAUGACUGCUGGAUUGGACAGAACGACAAGUCAUGGAGUCUGAUGUGCUGUGAUGAUAAAUUUACCGCCUGUCACAAAAACACAAGAACAGUCCUUCGCACCCCCCCGGCAUUGGACUGUGGUAGAGUGGGGGUGUACCUGGACUGUCUAGCUGGAACCCUGUCUUUUUACAGAGUCUCCUCCGAUACACUCAUCCACCUCCACACUUUCCACACCACAUUCACUGAACCACUCUAUGCUGCCUUUGGGUUUGAGUUCAUUAAUUUCUCAGUGACUCUGUGUCAGAUAUAACCUGAUGA